AUGGCCGAAGCUGUUGUUUCAAUAGUGCUCGAAGGGCUCAGCAACCCUAUCAUUCAGGCAUUGAAAUCCUUGAAAUUCGUAGGUGGUAAGGUUCAGAGUGCACAAACCCAGCUACAAAUCAUGCAAGGCUAUUUGAAAGAUGCAGACGCCAGCCAAGGACGCAAUGAAGCAAUACGCAUUUGGGUGGCAAGUGUCAGAGAUGCUGCUUAUGAUCUUGAGGAUGUCAUUGGAACUUAUGUCUUAAAAGUGGCUUUCAAGAGGAAACCAAAUGUUUUGACAUGGUUUACUGGCAUCUUCAUAAAAGGAGUGGUUGGGUUAGCCCGUGGAACAGAGAUACUGGCUAUGCAUUUGAUCAAAGAAAAAGGCCCCCGAGUUGUUUCUAUUUGGGGGAUGGGCGGGUUGGGCAAAACCACUCUUGCAAAACAAGUUUAUCAUCAUGAUAAAGUUAAGCGUCAUUUCGAUUGUCUUGCUUGGGUGUGUAUCUCUCAACAAUGCCAAGCACGGGAAAUUUUGGAAGAAAUUCUGACUAAACUCAUAGAAAGGAAAUGUUUGGUGGUGCUUGAUGACAUUUGGACCAGUGAUGCGUGGAGCUCUUUGCAAGCUGGAUUUCCAAUGAAUGAGGAAACUGAGAGUCGAAUUUUACUCACUUCUCGCAACAAAGAAGUCGCUUCGUAUGCGGACAAAAAUGGUUUCCUCUUCGAACCACAGUUGUUGAAUGAUGAUGAAAGCUGGGAACUGUUUAAGAAGAUAGCAAUUGGAACGGAAGAUACAAACCGUAAAAUUUAUGAACAUAAGAAAGAGCUAGGAACAGAGAUACUUCAAUAUUGCAAAGGUUUGUCACUAGCCAUCACGGUGCUUGCAGGACUUCUAGCUAGAAAAGAUACAGUUGAUGAGUGGAAUACGGUCCAUAAGAAUGUUUAUGCAUAUAUAAGGAGAGGCACAGACCUUGGGCCGGAUUACAAAGGUGAAGGAUAUGAAGGGGUAUCAUGGUUAUUGGAAUUGAGUUACGAUAACUUACCUUUUUACUUAAAACUAUGUUUUCUCUACUUAGCCCAUUUUCCGGAAGAUUAUGAAAUACCGGUGAGUACAUUGACUAAACUAUGGAUGGCAGAAAGUUUUAUAUCAUCAACAUCAGUGGAAGUUAUGGAAGAUGUAUCAUAUAUGUGCUUAAGUGAGUUAGUGGGCAGGUGCAUGGUUCAAGUUGGAAAACAUGGUUCGAGUAAGAAGAUCAAGACUGGUCAUCUCCACGAUCUUAUGCGAGACUUAUGCAUGUCAAAGGCAAAAGAGGAGAACUUUCUCCAUAUUAUUCAUUAUUAUACAUUUGGGGACAUCAAGCAAACACCAAAUGGUAGAGUUCAAAGACUUGCCAUCUAUUUGGAAAAAACAGUUGUGGGACAUUGUUCGGGGAGUUAUGAAAAUUAUGCACAUGUUAGGUCUUUGUUAUAUUUUGUCUCAAGCUACUGCAACUGGAACUCAAAGAUAUUACGGUCACUAUUAAGGGACUUCACAUUGCUUAGAGUUUUGAAGUUUGAAAAUAUGUAUGUUAGAAAGCUACCGGGUGAAAUUGGGAAUCUAGUGCACUUAAGGUUUUUAAGUGUAAAGAAGAGUUUUUUUUCAGAGGUGCCAUCAUCUAUAGCAAAUUUGGUAUGUUUGCAGACUCUAGAUUUACGUGCCCGUUGUUGCGAUUUUAAAAUUCCAAAUCAAAACGUGUUUUCCAAGAUAGAAAAAUUGAGACAUAUAUAUUUACACCAAAAUCAUAGUGCAAGAGAGAAACGUCUGUUAUUUGCUACUGAGGCAGUGAAUUUGCAUACAGUAGUCAAUAUUGGUAUUCAGGUAUCAUCUGAUCUAGAUGAUUUUGUUAAAAUAACCAACCUUAGAAAAUUGGGAGUUAUCAUGUUUGACGGAGGGGAAAAAAAGGAGAAAAGGACAAACAUCAUAUUUAAGCACCUCCAGUCUCUAUCAGUGGACUCUACAUUGUUCUCUGGUGGAUUGCACUCUCGUUCGUCCACGUUUUUGCUAAUACCAUGGAACAUGGUAUUAAGCUAUCCUAAUAUAUACAAGCUGCGACUACGCGGAAAAAUCACUGAGUUACCAGAAGACCUCAUGUGCCUUACGAACCUCACCAAGCUUACACUGAUACAUUUUGGUGAUCUCAAGGACGACCACAUAAAAGUAUUAGAGAAGCUGCCAAGCUUAAGAAUGCUUUUUGCUAGUUACGGGAAAUUUCCGGCACAUCUUGUUUGCUCAGAGGGAGGCUUUCCAUUUCUCGAAUUUGUUUCUCUUUAUUCGUUGGAGGAGUUCAAAGAAUGGAAGGUGGAGAAAGGAGCCAUGCGUAGUCUCUGCAAAUUGCACAUUGAGCAUUGCUUAGAUUUGGAGGCAGUUCCAUAUGGGCUCCAAUGUAUUACUACCCUCAAGGAAUUAACCAUAAAAAGGAUGCGUCUUGAAUUCUGUAGCCGGCUUGGGGAAGGAGGAGAGGAUUUUUACAAAUAUUGA